CUACUUUUUUAUUCACCACCCUACUCGUACACCCAGAAACGAAGCAGCAUAAGAGAACGGUCUCUUCUCCUCCCCAUCCACCAGAAAGCAGUUCUUCUGCCACAUUUAAAGUUCCAAAAGUGAAGUCAACAUGGCAGCCAAAGUUCCCCGCAACUUCAGACUUCUGGAGGAAUUAGAGAAAGGCGAGAAAGGUCUCGGGGCUGAGGCAUGUUCCUACGGUCUUGUAGACGGCGACGAUCUAUUAAUGUCGAACUGGAACGGCACGAUCCUCGGCCCACCACACAGCGUCCAUGAGAACCGCAUUUACAGUCUGAACAUGCACUGCGGCCCUGAGUACCCCGACAAACCGCCCACCAUCCAGUUCAUCAACGCCGUCAACCUUCCCUGCGUGAGCCCGCGCAAUGGCGUCGUGGACCCCACAAAAUUAGCUUGCCUGGCGAAUUGGGAUCGUAAUAUGACUAUGGAGACCGUCUUGAUUGAGCUAAGAAGGUGCGCUUUGUCGCUGCUAUUCAAUUCAUAAAGCACGAGACAGGACUGACAAAAAUGGUGAUAGAUUCAUGGCACACCCAGCAAACAAGAAGCUUCCACAACCACCCGAGGGAUCGAAGUACGAGUAAGAGCUUUCACAUGGGGGUGAUAUGCUAUGGAAGCGAGAUGGUGGAAGGGUGGUGGGUGGAAUGGCGGUAGAGCUUGGGCGGAGGAUAUAUUUACGACGGAACGAGAUAAAUAUGGAAUGGGGGAGGAAGGCUGGCUUUCUUUUGGGGAUCAGGAUGCAUCAGCGCGGCGAAACCGGUUCCUUCCUGUCCAUUUCAAUCCCUACGAACGACACGCGAACAGAUAUAUGCAGAGCAGAGCAGAGCGAAUGAGUUUAUUGAUUUUGAAAUAAAUAACAGACGUACUGGAAAUGCCGCAUAUGGAUCGAUCGAUUUGCAACAUACGGCUGAUCUAUACUUAUGCGUGAUCAAUACGCGUUGGAAGGUGGACGGAAAUAUCUACUUCUACACAAUUAUACAUGGGUAUCUUUGACAAUUGAAAUGGCAUGUAUGCCUACCAGGCUUCGACUUCUUUCUCCCAAUCCUCAAGCCUCUUCUCUCCCUCCCCACCUCUCUUGGAUCUCCUUUCCCCAUCCCCCUUCUCGAACCUCUUCGCCUCCCUUUUCGCCUGCUUCCUCUCCCUCCUUUCCCGUUCCCAGAGCUCCCUCUCCUUCUCAACCACUCCAGCCAACUUAUCGGCCAAUUCCCCCGCCCUCUGAAACUCCCUCCUCGACUGUUUUUGAACAAGCCAUUUAGCCCGAGCCGGUGCACUAUCCCACCUCUCGUCGCCAACCUCAUACUCAUUCUCAUUCCCAC